AGCGUAUGUUGGAAGGAAGUGCAGUGCGUGCGCAGAAGCAGCUUGUGCUGUUGCACAGAGAAGAUGGUCCUGCACCCAAAGGAACCGUAGACUGGCUCAACAUGCGAAGCUGGAUUUCCAGACACCUCCAUCUUGCCUGUCCCCGAAGGGUCUUCUCCAAACGAAGCCAGCCCAAACUGUUGGAGCUGUAUCAGCGUGUGUUUGAGAAACCAGCAGAUCGCCAUUCUGACUUUUCCCGCCUGGCUCGUAUUCUUACAGGCAAUGCUAUUGCUCUUGUCCUGGGAGGAGGAGGGGCCAGGGGUUGUUCUCAAGUGGGUAUAAUGCGUGCACUAUGCGAAGCUGGCAUCCCCGUAGACCUAAUUGGCGGAACAUCAAUUGGCUCCCUGAUGGGCGCUCUAUAUGCAGAGGACCGUAGCCACAGUCGCUUGAGGAUAAGAGCUAGAGAAUGGGCUAUGGAAAUGACUUCAGUAUUUAGGAAGGUCUUGGAUUUGACAUAUCCAAUCACAUCCAUGUUUUCUGGUGCUUCCUUCAACUCUGGCAUCAACAACGUCUUCAAAAGCAAACAGAUUGAGGACCUUUGGAUCCCAUAUUUCAAUAUCACAACUGACAUCACUGCCUCUGCCAUGAGAGUACACACUGAUGGUUCUCUAUGGCGGUAUGUCCGUGCUAGCAUGUCUCUAUCGGGAUAUCUCCCUCCUCUGUGUGACCCGAAAGAUGGACACCUGCUGAUGGAUGGAGGCUAUAUCAACAACCUGCCUGCUGAUGUUGCGCGCUCCAUGGGGGCCAAAGUGGCAAUAGCUAUUGAUGUGGGCAGCCGGGAUGAAACCAAUCUCACUAAUUACGGCGACUCACUCUCAGGCUGGUGGCUGCUAUGGAAACGCCUUAACCCACUUGCUGAGAAAGUUAAGGUGCUAAACAUGGCAGAGAUUCAGACUCGGCUGGCCUAUGUGUGCUGUGUGAGACAGUUGGAGUCUGUGAAGAGCAGCGAUUACUGCGAGUAUAUCAGACCUCCAAUCGACAGAUACCGUACACUAGAGUUUGGCAAGUUUGAUGAAAUUGCUGAGGUGGGGUACCAGCAUGGCAAGACUGUGUUUGAUGUGUGGCGUCGUAGUGGUGUGGUGGAAAAAAUGCUGAAAGACAGACAUCAAGAAGAGUUCCACAACACGCAAAGCAGAAGCAAU